CUUCGCCAACCCAAAUUUCUGAGUCGAACAGAAAACGACUGAUUCCCAUCUCAUUUCAGAAAUUCCUCAACCAAAAAACAAAAAAAAAUCACAUUUUUCUUCAAAAUGCGCUAGCUUCCGAGUCGACUCAUUCGUCUCGGCCUUAACUUCUCUUUUCAUUUUUUUUGACUCCGUCACUACAACAUGGAGAAUUUGAUAACAUUGGUGAAUAAUAUACAGAGAGCGUGUACCGCUCUUGGUGAUCAUGGCGAAGAAAGCGCAUUGCCUACCCUUUGGGAUUCCUUGCCUGCCAUAGCCGUCGUCGGUGGCCAAAGUUCUGGAAAGUCAUCAGUGCUGGAAAGUGUUGUUGGAAAAGAUUUUUUACCUCGUGGCGCAGGGAUUGUUACAAGGCGGCCUCUUGUGUUGCAACUUCAUAGGAUCGAUGAUGGAAAAGAAUAUGCAGAAUUUAUGCAUCUCCCAAAAAAGAGAUUCACCGAUUUUGCUGCUGUUAGGCAGGAGAUUUCUGACGAGACAGAUCGAGAAACUGGUCGUUCCAAACAAAUCUCUAGUGUUCCAAUCCAUCUCAGUAUCUUCUCUCCUAAUGUGGUGAAUUUGACACUGAUUGAUCUCCCUGGACUUACAAAAGUAGCUAUCGAGGGGCAAUCUGAAACAAUUGUGCAAGACAUUGAGAAUAUGGUUCGAUCAUUUAUUGAGAAGCCCAACUGUAUCAUACUUGCAAUUUCUCCUGCCAAUCAGGAUCUUGCCACUUCUGAUGCAAUAAAGAUUGCACGAGAGGUUGAUCCAAAAGGAGAUAGGACAUUUGGGGUUUUAACGAAGAUUGAUCUGAUGGACAAGGGUACCAAUGCAGUUGAUAUUCUAGAAGGAAAAUCAUAUAAGCUGCAGUUUCCAUGGGUUGGUGUUGUUAACCGCUCUCAAGCUGACAUUAACAAGAGUGUUGAUAUGAUUGCUGCUCGGCGUAGAGAGAGAGAAUAUUUUCAAAGUAGCCCAGAGUACAGUCACCUUGCUCACAGGAUGGGUUCUGAGCACUUAGGAAAGAUGCUUUCUAAGCAUUUGGAAACUGUGAUAAAGUCUCGAAUACCUGGUCUUCAGUCUCUUAUCAAUAAGACUAUUAUUGAACUGGAAGGAGAAUUGACCAAACUUGGGAAGCCUAUUGCUGCUGAUGCUGGAGGGAAGUUGUAUACCACAAUGGAAAUCUGUCGGGCUUUUGACCAAAACUUCAAAGAACAUCUUGAUGGCGUGCGUGCAGGAGGUGAGAAAAUAUAUGGCGUAUUUGAUAAUCAACUCCCUGCGGCUUUGAAGAGGUUGCAAUUUGAUAAACAUCUUUCAAUCGAAAAUGUACGGAAGUUAAUUACGGAAGCUGAUGGAUACCAACCACAUCUUAUAGCCCCUGAGCAAGGAUAUCGCCGUCUUAUUGAGUCUUGCUUGGUAACUAUAAGAGGGCCUGCUGAAGCAGCUGUUGAUGGGGUCCAUGCUAUACUAAAAGGAAUUGUUCAGAAGGCUAUAGCUGAGACAACGGAACUAAAGCAGUACCCAACUUUGAGAGUGGAAGUAGGGAAUGCUGCAUUUGAAUCGUUGGAGAGAAUGAGGGAAGAAAGCAAGAGAGCUACUCUACAGCUAGUUGAUAUGGAAUGUGGUUAUCUCACUGUUGAAUUCUUCCGGAAGCUUCCUCAAGAUGUUGAGAAGGGUGGAAAUCCUACACAUUCACUAUUUGAUAGAUAUAACGAUUCCUAUCUUCGACGAGUUGGUAGCACUGUCCUGCAAUACGUGAAUAUGACUUGUGCAAGUUUGAGGAACUCUAUCCCCAAGUCAAUUGUUUAUUGUCAAGUUCGUGAGGCCAAACGCAGCUUGCUUGACUUCUUCUUCACCGAAUUGGGUAAGAAAGAGUCAAAACAGUUGAGUAAGAUGCUGGAUGAGGAUCCAGCAGUUCAACAACGUCGUGCCAACCUUGCAAAGCGACUAGAAUUGUACAGGAGCGCACAACAUGAGAUCGAUGCUGUUGCCUGGUCCAAGUAGUUGAAAUGAGAUUAGCCAUAGAAUUUGUUACUCAGAGAGUACAUUUGAAAUUUCUUUUCUUAAUUAGAAGAUUUUGGAUCUUUGAAUACUAAUUCAGAUCUAUUUGAAGGACUGGUUUAAUGCAGGAACAAGCAUUCAUUGGUUAGGUAAGCAUACUUGUUCUGUCUGAAUUAAUACUGCCACUAUAACUUAGCAUUGACUUAUUAUAUACCUAUCUCAGAAAAGAAAUUUAAAGUUCCUUGGAUGUUUUAGUAACAACUGACAAUAAGGUUGAAUUUUUGUUAUGUUGAUGGCAGUGAAGUUAAUGGCACUGAUUUGCAGUGACAGGUAUAUUUAUUGUUAUUACUAUGUAUCAAACAUUAUCAUAAAAUAUUGCAUAAGAAAGGAGCCACCUGGUUAUUUUCACCGCAAGACUCCACCAUGUGUCCAAGCUCCAUGGCUAGGAAUUCUAGAGUCAAACCCUGUUUUGAGGAGUGAAGACAGGCCUAUAUUAAUGGAGGUUGACCUCACACAAGAAAUAUUAUGUUGCACCGUUGUGAAAAAAAGAGAGUAAAGGCCUCAACAUACCUGCGAACAACUCCAGAUUUAUUGCUUGUAAUAAAUUUUCUGUUAGGGUGUUGUUUCUCAUAAUCAUUUUAGUUUUAACUUUAGCAC